ACUCACAGAGCCAGGGCCUGCAGGCUAGUCCUUGAGCAGAGAUCCAGAAAUGACUUGUGGACUUGGUUUGGGGAUCUUGGUGGUGGUCUUGGUGCAAGCAGAACAUGUAUGUUGUCUCUGGACUAAAGGAGCUCAGAGCUUCCAGAGCAGCAACCCACAUGUUGGCUUCCCACCACCAGACAGCAGCCUGAUCAAAUCUGGCAGCUAUCCCCAGGAUCGAGUCAGACAAGGCUUCAUUUCUCAAAGCUCUGUCCGGAGCAGGAGCUCAAACACUGGUCCUGCAGUUCCCAGUGGUUCUGGUCCAGGACUCUCUACUAGGAGCUCUACACAAGCUGCAUCCCAGAGUUCAUUUAGACUGAAGAGCAGCUUUGCAGCCAAAGCGAACAUGCAAAGGUUGUUGUCACCCAGGGCUGAUGCUCCAAAAGCAGCAAGGCAGUCGUUCCACCCUUCUGCUGGUGGACCUUCAGUGAGUCUGAACCAGAAGAACCCCUCUAUCAACGGAAGAAACUGGCCUGCUCUGUGGGGGAUGCAGCGUCCUAGCAAGAAUCUCAUUUUGGCUUCCAGACCGACUUUCUCCUUCAGACCUGCACCACGUCAACCUUCCAGGGCUGCUGCAGUCCGUUUCAGCGAGGUGGGCUCCUCUUCUCGUCUGUUUGGCCCAGUUGCUCCUGGACAACGUGGACGCCCUGUACUGAUGCAGACAUAUGCCCGCGGUCCUGCUAAAAGGGUGUUCUCAAAACGUAGAUCUGAAGGACAGAAGGCCAAGAGGUUCUCUCCUCACACCCAGGCUUUGAAACCCUCUGUGGGUCAUCAAGGAGGAUCCAGACCCAAAAGCUGGUUGCAGACCUACAAAACCAGCAAACAUCUGGCUGUCCCCAGGAGCCGCACUGUGGGAGCUCCUGGUCAGGGUUUUUCCUUGGCUACAGUUUACGAGAUCCCUGCAACCUUUGGUGGCUUUGCUAUCAGACGUCUGAAAUGACCUUCUUACUAGAACCAAGUGACUGUCCAGAAGCAGCAGCUUCAGAUCCCUUCAGCUGCUCCUUGGUAGAUGGUAGCACCAGUCCCUACACUCAAAAGGUCAAUCUAGAGGCUGGUUGGACCAGGAUCAAGCUGCAGCAGAGUGAAUGUUUCUAAUGUCUCCAAAAAAGGUGUUAAUCUAUUUUAAAUGUCUUUAAAUAAAAUUUACUUUUUUACUGA